UCUGAUCGUGAAUAAAUGGAUCGAUUGACUCAUGUCAGAUAGGUUUUUUACUUAAUCUUAAUGGUGGAUUCGUUGUAUUUUGUUUGAUACAAACAAGAAGUUUUUUUUUAUUCAAAGUGAAAUAGAAAUAUGAAAAAUAUGUAAAAAAUAAUAAUAAUUUAAAACUAUAGUAAUACACAAAUAACUACUGUCCUAAAUAAGUGGUCUAUCAUUUUUGAUUCUCAAUUUUUUUUCUGUUUUUUUUCAUUGUAAUUUAAUGUAAUGUGUAACAUUUGAUUCUAUUAUUUAUAGAAUUUCAUCUUUUUUUUUAUUACGAUUGGCUAUACACAUCCUUGUAUGUAAUUUGAUUAGGGUUGCUAACUCAAUGGUAGAGUACUCGGCUUUUAAGUGCGACUCCAUUUUUUACACAUUUCUAUGAACUAAUUGGUUCAUCCCUACCAUCGGUAGGGUUUGUAAGACCACGACUGAUCCAGAAAGGAAUGAAUGGAAAAAGCAGCAUGUCGUAUCAACGGUGAAUUCUAAAAUUUUUUCAUUCAUAUUGGAUCCGACCAAUAUUUUUCUUUGAAUUGUUGACUCGGAACAAAUGAAUUACGUUGGGUUGAAUUAAUAAAGGUAUGGAGCUUAGCUGCUCCAAUUAUAGGGAAACAAAAAGCAACGAGCUUUCAUUUUUUAUUUGAAUGAUUACCAUAUCUAAUUAUACGUUAAAAAAGGAUUAGUGCUUGCUGUGGAAAAACUUUUUCCCACGAAUGGAUUAAGGAUUUUUGUUAUGAGUCCUAAUUAUUAGCUAUACCCCAUUAUGUUAUGGGGUAGCAAGAAAUAUGUAGAAGAAAGAGUAUAUUGAUAAAGAUAUUUUUUUCCAAAAUCAAAAGAGCGAUUGGUCCAAAAAAUAAAGGAUUUCUAACUAGCUUGUUAAAAUGAGAAGGAACAAGCGAGGGGAGAUAGUCCAUUAAUCGGUUUUAACUCGUUUUCUAGGUAUCUAUUCAUAUUUGUUUUUGAUUUCAAUUCGAAUAUAGAUAUAGAAUACCUUGUUUUGACUGUAUCGCACUAUGUAUCAUUUGAGAAUCCAAUGAAUCUCUGAUCCUUUGACCAAAUCGAAUUUAGAAAAUGAAGGAAUAUCAAGUAUAUUUAGAACGAUCUAGAUCUCGCCAACAGGACUUCCUAUACCCACUUCUUUUUAGGGAGUAUAUUUAUGGACUUGCUUAUAGUCAUCAUUUUCAUAGAUCCAUUUUUUUGGAAAAUGUAGGUUAUGACAAUAAAUAUAGUUUACUAAUUGUAAAACGGUUAAUUACUCGAAUGUAUCAACAGAAUCAUUUAAUCAUUUCGGCUAAGUAUUCUCCCAAAAAUCCAUUUUGGGGGUAUAAUAAGAAUUUGGAUUGUCAAAUAAUAUCAGAGGGUUUUGCCAUCGUCGUGGAAAUUCCAUUUUUCCGACAAUUAAGCUCUUCCUUCGAGGAGGCAGAAAUCCUCAAAUCUUUUAAAAAUUUGAGAUCAAUUCAUUCCAUUUUCCCCUUUUUGGAAGAUAAAUUUACAUAUUUAAAUUAUGUGUCAGAUAUACGAAUACCCUAUCCUAUCCAUCUGGAAAUCUUAGUUCAAAUCCUUCGAUACUGGGUGAAAGAUGCCCUUAUUUUCAUUUAUUACGGCUGUUUCUUUAUCAUUUUUGUAAUUGGAAUAGUUUUAUUACUACAAAAAAAAUCGAUUUUGACUUUUUCAAAAAGUAAUCCAAGAUUAUUUUUGUUCCUCCAUAAUUUUUAUGUAUGUGAAUAUGAAUAUAUCCUCGUUUUUCUACGUAAUAAAUCCUCUCAUUUAGGAUUCAAAUCUUUUAGCAUUUUUUUUGAACGAAUUUUUUUUUAUGGAAAAAGAGAGCAUCUUGGAAAAGUUUUUGCUAAAGAUUUUUCGUAUCCUUUAACAUUCUUCAAGGAUCCUAACAUUCAUUAUGUUCGAUAUCAAGGAAAAUGCAUUCUGGCUUCAAAGAAUGCGCAUUUUUUGAUGAAUAAAUGGAAACACUAUUUUAUCCAUUUAUGGCAAUGUUUUUUUGAUGUUUGGUCUCAACCAAGAAUGAUCAAUAUAAACCCAUUAUCCGAACAUUCAUUUCAGCUUUUAGGCUAUUUUUCAAAUGUGCGACGAAAUCGUUCAGUGGUACGGAGUCAAAUGCUGCAAAAUACAUUUCUAAUCGAAAUUGUUAUCAAAAAAUUGGAUAUAAUAGUUCCAGUUAUUCCUAUAAUUAGAUCCUUGGCUAAAGAGAAAUUUUGUAAUGUAUUAGGGGAGCCCAUUAGUAAGCCGGUCUGGGCCGAUUCAUCCGAUUUUGAUAUUAUUGAUCGAUUUUUGCGAAUAUGCAGAAAUCUUUCCCAUUAUUAUAAUGGAUCCUAAAAAAAAAGUUUGUAUCGAAUAAAAUAUAUACUUCGGCUUUCUUGUAUUAAAACUUUGGCUUGUAAACACAAAAGUACUGUACGCGCUUUUUUGAAAAGAUCAGGUUCAAAAGAAUUAUUGCAAGAAUUCUUUACAGAGGAAGAAGAAAUUAUUUCUUUGAUUUUUCCAAGA